AUGAGCGUUGGGAACUUUGUACCUGAAGUAAUUUUUAUGGAUAGUAUAGAAUCAAAUAUUAAGCUUCCUACAGAAAAUGAAAAUUCAACUAACCAAGAUGACUAUAAUUCAAAAGAGAAUUUUUUAAUUUUGAAUUCCCAAUCAAAAAAUUUAUCAAACAGCCUGCCGUUUGAUAUGAAAAUUAAAAAACAAACUUUAAAUUCCAUUCAAGAACCAUCAAAAGUUGACAACUUUUAUAAGGAACAACCUUUGCAAGGUAUUGAACAGAAUAUUGUUGAAAACCUUCAACUUUCUACUGAUUACAAAGCUCAGAGUUAUACAGGCCAUAGUAAUUUCAAAUUAGAAUGGGACAAUGAAAAUAAGGCAUUAUUCGUAGUCAUUCCUUCAGUUGAUAGUUUGGACCAUUGGAUGAUGCUAUUUCUGCAACCAUUAGGAAUUACGUGUGAUUCUCUGGACAUAGAUAAUUGUUGUUUAAAAAGAAAUUGCGAUUUCCGAAUAAGGCUUGAUGAUGAAAGACUAUUACUUUAUCCAGAUUUGUUAAAAGAUAUUUCUGAUUUCAUAAGUAUUCAGUAUUUGAAUUGGCAAUAUUAUAAUGAAAACGUAAUAUUAAGGAACUCUGAAGUGAUAUGUUCCGAUCAAGAUGGGUAUGGAAAUGAUAAUUUUGUAGGCGAAAAUCAUAUUGCCCCAACAUGUUACAAUUAUUGGAAGUUCCCAGACAUAAAUGUAUUUGUAAAUAGUAAUUCUAGGUUGAAGAAUGAUACAAAUUCUCCGGAAGCCGUACAAUCCAAUAAAUUUUCUGGGAAAGAGAAUUUUUCCCAAAAAAGUAAUAGUUUUGAUAAGAAUAUUCAGAAGUCUAUUGCCAAAUACAAUACAGACAUAUAUGGAAGGUGUAUUUUAGUCCCAGAGCCAUCUCCAAAAGGUGAAGACCCACUGGUACAGAAUAAUACAUUAUCCUGCCUUACUACUAAUAUUCCUGAUUCAAAUAUACUAACUACUGAUUGUGGAAUGCUUCAAGUAUUAACAUCAGAAAAUUCCAAUCAUGAGGAUAACUACUUUGCAUUGAAUUCAAAUAAUUCAAUGGGAACAAAUGAUAAAGAGUAUUUUCCUAUUAAAGCUUAG